AUGAAGCCGUCAGAAUACCCUAUGGAACCUAUCGUGGUUGUCGGUGCUGGCUGCCGUUUCCCGGGAGGCAUCAAUAGCCCGUCUAAGCUAUGGGAUACCAUUUGUUCACAACGCGACAUUCUGUCGACAAUCCCCUCUUCUCGGUUCAAUCCAAAGGGCUUUUAUCAUUCUAAUGGGGAGCGCCACGGAAGCACCAAUGUCAGCAAAGCAUAUCUUCUCGAAGGAGAUAUCAGCGCUUUCGAUGCCACAUUCUUCGGCAUCAACCCGCGCGAGGCUGAAGCAAUUGACCCACAACACCGAAUGCUUCUCGAGACAGUGUACGAGGCUAUGGAGGAUGCAGGCCUCACCAUAAGCAACAUGAAGGGCUCCGACACUGCGGUCUAUGUUGGUCUGAUGACUGGAGACUAUCACGAAUUGCAAAUUCGCGACCCGGAAAGCAUGCCCAUGUAUAUGGCGACGGGCACAGCGCGCAGUAUUCUCUCCAACCGAUUAUCAUACUUUUUUGAUUGGAAAGGUCCAUCCAUGACCAUUGAUACUGCAUGUUCGUCGAGUCUGGUGGCGUUGCACCACGCCGUGCAAUCACUUCGCGCUGGUGAGUGCCAGGUUGCUGUGGCUGCUGGUGCAAAUCUCAUCCUGGGACCUGAGAUGAUGAUAGCCGAAGCAAACCUCCACAUGUUAUCACCCACAGGAAGGUCGCGUAUGUGGGAUGCUGCAGCUGAUGGAUAUGCUCGUGGAGAAGGUUUCUCUGCGGUGAUGCUGAAAACCCUUUCCCAAGCCAUCGCCGAUGAAGAUCACAUUGAUUAUAUCAUUCGCGAGACUGGUGUGAACCAGGAUGGCCGAACCCAAGGAAUUACCAUGCCCAGCUCUUCAUCACAGACAGCGCUGAUUCGCCAAACUUACCAGAAGGCUGGUCUUGAUUGCUCCCGUCUGGAUGAUCGGUGUCAGUUCUUUGAAGCUCAUGGCACCGGAACCCCUCGAGGAGAUCCGAUAGAAGCCCAGGCUAUCCAUGAUGCCUUUUUUGCAUCUAAGUCAUCGGAGAAGGGCGACUUCUAUGUUGGCUCCGUCAAAACCGUGAUUGGUCAUUUGGAGGGGUGCGCUGGGUUGGCCGGCCUGCUCAAGGCAGGAGAAGCGGUUCGCAGAGGAGAAAUUCCACCAAAUAUGCAUUUCAAUCACAUGAACCCUGAAAUCAUUCCCAUCUCCAAUGAUAUGACGGUUCCAAUUAAAGUUCUCCCAUGGCCCACCUCAAGCGGUAUUCGACGAGCCAGUGUGAACUCCUUUGGAUUCGGAGGCACCAACGCCCAUGCGAUCAUUGAGAGCUACGAUCAGCCACCCAAGGAAACAUCGACUCCAAACAAUUGCUUACCAUUGCCUUUCACAUUCUCUACCUCCAAUGAGAGCUCACUAUCACCAAUCAUUCGCAACUGUGUGGAGCUCCUGGAAUCAAAUGAUACUUUGGAGCUUAAUGAUGUUGCGUCGGCAUUGUUGACCGAACGCUCCCAGCUCCCAGUCCGAGUUGCCUUCUCGGGGGCUUCCAAGGCGCUUUUAAUUGAGAAAAUGAGGGCUUCUCUGGAGGAAAAUUCCCUAGGUGAACGUAUGCAAAACAAGACCGGACCAGCCAAGAUUCUUGGAGUCUUUACUGGCCAGGGUGCCCAGUGGUCUCGAAUGGGAAGAGAACUUAUCAAAUCUUCGCCGCUGGCCCGGUGGACCGUGCAAAACAUGCAGCAGUCUCUUGAUUCCCUUCCUGAUCGACCUUCUUGGUCAAUCGAAGAUAAGCUCGUCAACAUGGAAGACCCAUCGCAGAUUCAAGAGGCCGCGUUAUCUCAGCCACUGUGUACCGCUGUCCAGAUCAUGCUUGUGGAGCUAUUGCGCGCUGCUGGAAUAUAUUUCCACUCAGUCGUGGGUCACUCUUCCGGUGAGAUUGGUGCUGCCUACGCUGCCAGGCUACUUUCCGCAGAGGAUGCUAUUCGCAUUGCCUAUUAUCGAGGACUGUUUGCUAGAUUGGCAGGCAGUGCAACCGGUGGAUCUGGUAGCAUGAUGGCAGCUGCUUUGUCGUUGGACGAGGCCAAGAUUUUCAUUUCAGCAAAUGGGCUCGAGGGACAGAUUUCCAUUGCGGCUAGCAAUGCUCCUCAAUCGGUGACACUUUCUGGCGAUGAAGAUGCCAUCGCGAAUGCCAAAGUCGUGCUGGACGAGCAGCAGACUUUCUGUCGCUUACUCAAAGUUGACACUGCUUACCAUUCCCACCACAUGAAUCCUUGUCUUGAAUCCUACUGUGAAGCACUUCGCGCUUGUAAUAUCUCUCCUCUGGCACUCACAGACGGAUGUUCCUGGGUCUCCAGUGUUCAUGGGCGUCUGAUGACAGUCGCCGAGGAGCACCAAUCUUUGAAAGAGACAUACUGGCGGGAUAAUAUGGCACAAACCGUCCUUUUUUCACAGGCUGUGCAAGCAUCCCACGCAAUUAAUGGUCCCUUUGAUAUCGGACUGGAGGUCGGACCUCACCCAGCUUUGAAGGGACCCACCACCCAGACAAUCAAGGCAGCGAGUAACCAUGCCCUCCCUUAUAGCGGGACCCUCUCGCGCUUCAGCAAUGAUGUUGAGGCAAUGGCCGAUUCUUUGGGCUUUAUUUGGAAAGAAUUAGGUACCCAAGCAGUCAAUUUCGUUCACUAUAGCCAAAGAGCAUUCGACAUAUCCCCCGGCAAGCUGCCACGCCAGUCACUUCCUCGUUACUCUUGGGAUCACAGCCAGAGAUUCUGGAAAGAGUCAGUCAAGUCGCGAAACUAUCGGCUACGGUCUCUUAAUCGCCAUGAUAUUCUUGGUGCUCGCUGCCCAGAUGACCAUGCUCACGAUAUGCGUUGGCGAAACACCAUUCGCGUCUCUGAAGUGCCUUGGCUAUCUGGACAUAAGGUGCAAGGGCAAAUCAUUUUCCCGGCCGCUGGCUAUUUCGUCAUGGCUAUGGAGGCCGCGAAGGAACUGUCGGACAACAAGCAAAUCGCGAUGGUCGAGCUUAAAAAUGUUGAGAUAUCCAGAGCCAUUAUCCUGUCCGAGGAUAGCGCCGUGGAGGUGAUGUUCCAUCUCAAGCCCGUCCUGGGCGCUUCUCCUCGAAUGGCAGAAUUUUCAUGCUACUCGACAACGCCUGAUGAGAAUGGCGCAAAAUGGCACCACAAUGUGUCCGGGCAUGUCACAGUGCACCUCUCCCAUGAGGGACUGUUUGAACUUCCCCAGCAACAAAAGUCCCCCGCCUCCCUCGUUCCAGUCAACAUGGAGCAUUUCUACUCGUCCCUUGCUGAUAUCGGGUUAGAAUAUACCGGGAUCUUCCAGCGUCUUAAUAAGAUCCGGCGACGCGCUGGUCGCGCAAUUGGGUAUGCUCAAGACAUCCCCGAUGAUAGUGAAAUGCCUGUUAUGAUCCACCCCGCUCUUCUUGAUGCUUCAUUCCAGGCCAUCUUUGCUGCUUUUUGCUGGCCUGGAGACGGUAGUCUUCAAAGCCCAUAUGUCCCGACUUUCUUACAAUCCCUCCGAGUGAUUCCUACACCAAUCGGCUCUUGCGCAGAAAACAUGGUGGUUGACUGCACCAUCACCGAGUCCAUGGCCCAGGCAGUCACAGCGGAUUUGGACAUUUUCUCACCCAAUCAGCCUCGUGUUCAGUUGGAAGGAUUAACUUGUACCCUCCUUGGGCAGCCUGUCUCUUCCAAUGACUGUGAGCUCUUUGCAAAAACCGUCUGGAAGGCUGAUGUGGAUUCUGGACUGGAAGAUCUAGAGCUUCCCACGGAUAGCACGAGUGAUGUUGGCCUGGUUGAUCUUUGCGAGCGGCUGUCAUAUUCCUAUCUCCGAAAACUCAACUCCGUGGUCAAUCGUGAAGACGUAAAGACAUUCGUCUGGCAUCACCAGCGGAUCUUUGAAUUCAUAGAUCACCUCUUUCCACUGAUCGAUAGUGGCAAACACCCCACAAUCCGCAAGGAAUGGGCCGACGAUUCGCAUGAUUGGCUCUUGUCCGAGGUUGAGAAGCACCCUGGCCAAGUUGAUCUUCAGCUCAUCUCAGCUGUUGGCAAGAAUCUUGCCGCUGUAGUUUGGGGCAAAACCACCAUGCUAGAGCAUAUGAUCGAAAAUGAUGUCCUUGAUCGGUUCUACAAAUACGGCCUCGGCUUCCAAAGAGCAAACGGUGCACUCAGCCGUCUCGCCCGCCAGAUCUGUCAUCGUUAUCCAAGAAUGAAUGUUCUCGAGGUAGGUGCAGGUACUGGUGGUGCUACAACAGGAGUACUUGAACAGCUGUCAGGGACCUUUGCAAACUACACUUUCACCGACACUUCCACCGGUUUCUUUGAGAAAGCUCAAAAGCAGUUCCAGAAAUGGGGUUCGAAGAUGAUCUACAAGCCGCUGAAUAUAGAAGGGGAUGUUGCUGCACAAGGUUUCCAAGAUGGCAGCUUUGAUCUCGUCAUUGCGUCCAACGUACUGCAUGCUACCCAGAAUCUGGAGUUCACGAUGCAGAAUGUGCGACGACUUCUGAAGCCUGGUGGCUAUUUGCUGCUCUUGGAAGUGACAAGCGAUAUCUUGCGAGUGAAGUUGAUGAUGUCUGGCCUUCAGGGCUGGUGGCUAGGGGACUCGGACGGUCGUCGUUUUGCCCCUACCAUUUCUGAUACGCAAUGGGAUGAUCUUCUGAUGAAGACUGGAUUCUCUGGAGUUCAGCAGCGCAUCACGGAUUUCGAAGAUACCACCAAGCACAUGACCUCGGUGAUGUUAUCCCAGGCUACCAGCGAAACCUUUUCCCAACUGAAGCAUCCACUGGAACAAACAAUUCCCUGCCUCCCUGUCAACCGGAUCGCGGUCAUUGGAGGUCAAUCUCCAGCAACAAAAGCGCUCGCUGAUGAUGUCACGUCACUUCUCUCCCGAUGGAGUAUAAUGUCGCCUCUGCAUUUGAACACCUUUGAAGACACGUUCCGACAUCCCAACGCUGGAAUCACGUCCAUUAUAUCCCUAGCGGACUUAGAUGAGCCACUCCUUAGGAACAUCUCCCAGGAAAGACUGAGUGGAAUUCAGAGUGUCCUUGAAGGGUGUCGCCAAAUUCUCUGGGUGACCUCUGGUGCACACGAGCAGAAUCCGUACGCCAACAUGACGAUUGGCCUCGGUCGAUCUCUGCUCUACGAGUAUCCUCAUAUCCGGAUGCAGUUUAUGGACAUUGCGCACGAUACCCAGAAUCAAUCCGCGCACGUGGCCACCGCGCUUGCACGUCUUAUUGUCGAGGACACACAUGGCCUCCCUUCUUCGGAGAUGCUUUGGAGUGUGGAGCCAGAAGUCACAUUCCAAAAUGGCAGGACCAUGAUUCCUCGAUUACUCCCAAAUGAUCAUUUGAACAGUCGUCUCAACGCAGGAACUAGGCAAAUUACCGAGUCAACCUCCUCGACAAAUUCCUCCAUUCUGAUAUCUCGUGGCGAUCACGGAUUUUCUCUUCUUGCGAGAAAGAAGCCAACUUUCUCGACCUCAGACGCUAUCUCGAUCCGCGUAACAUGUGCCCUGCUGCACGAGAUCCAGAUAACUAAUACAACAAGAUCAUACAUCGUCAAUGGUGUCAUUGAGCAUCCAGGUUCCAGUAAAGCCUUCACUGCAGGUGACAAUGUCCUCGCAUUAGCAGAGUGCAGUGCUUCAUAUAUCCAAGUAUCUCCUGAGCAGGUCAGUCAGAUUGACACCCUUAAUCCGGGAAGACUGUUUCAAGUUGCCCUUUCUCUUGUUGCAAAAAGCGCUUUGAGUGCGGUCAAGCCGCGUGGCACUGUUAUUUUGCUUGACCCAGAUAUCAGUUUGCAGCACACCAUUGAGGCUGAGGCUGCUGAAACAGAUAUAGCUGUGAUAGUGGCCUCCUCGGACUACCAAAAUCCAAAUGCUAUUCACAUUUCGCAAUUUCUGACCCAGAGACAACUCGAAGCACUCUUUCCACCGAGUAUUGAUCUGGUUUUCAGCUGCUCUUCUCAAACGAGUCAGUCGCCUGCUGUGACGCCAAAUGCCCUCUUCGGAAACACGGCUUGCCACAAGAACUUGUUAAAGGCACGAAAUGCGAUCGGCAGUGACUUCUCUGGUAUCGGGGAUUGCGCUCAUCUCAUCCCAUUGAAUGAUUUGACGAAGUUGUCGCUGAAGACUGCCAGCUGGCUGUCAGUCGUUGACUUUGUGUCUGCAUCGGUUGUUCAAACAAUAGUUGAGCCUAUCCAACCUCGAGAUCUGUUCCAUCCAAACUCGUCCUAUCUUCUUGUUGGCUGCACCGGCGGACUAGGGCAGUCACUCACUCGCUGGAUGGUGAGGAAUGGUGCUCGGUACAUUGUGCUAACCAGCCGCCAAGUAAGCAAAGUUGAUCGCGCAUGGUUAGAUGAAUUGAGACAAAUGGGUGCCGAGAUACAGCUCCAUGAGCUCGAUAUUUCCAACAAGCAAGCUCUCCUUGCUAUGCAUGCGAAGCUACAAAACUCAUUUCCACCUAUUGCGGGUGUUACAAAUGCGGCCAUGGUACUGUCUGAUCGGUUGUUUAGUGACAUGACUGUGGAACAUUUGAACAUGGUCUUGGAGCCCAAAGUCACGGGCACUGCCAAUCUAGAUGAAUUAUUCUCUACUCCAACCCUUGACUUCUUCGUUUUGUUCUCAUCCCUGGCAAGCGUUGUUGGAAACCGUGGCCAGUCCAACUAUGGUGCGGCCAACUUGUUCAUGACUAGCCUGGCAGCUCAGCGUAAGCGCAAGGGCUUGGUUGGCUCCGUUCUAGACAUUGGCAUGGUUUUAGGUAUUGGAUACGUUUCACAAAACGACAUUUACGAGACAACCCUUCGAAAGUUCAACUACAUGCCAAUCUCUGAGCCCAAGUUCCACGUCAUGUUCACCGAAGCUAUCUCUGCUGGUCGGCCGGAGAGCGAAACACAGGCUGAGAUCACAACUGGUCUCCAUCGAAUUGCUGAAUCUCGAGAUAGUCAUGAAAAGGCGUUCUGGGCAGGAAACCCCCGGUUCUCACACUACACUAUCCAGGAGGGCCUGGGCCAGGAGCAAUUGUCGACUACUGUUCUCCCCCUCCGAAAACAGUUGGCCGAUGUGCAAGACCUGGAGCAGGCCUCGAAGAUUGUUCUUGACGGCUUCCUCUCCAAGCUUGAGCGUGUUCUACAGGUGCCCGCGGCCAAUAUAAAUCCAACCCAACCACUAGUCAAUCUUGGAGUCGAUUCCUUGAUGGCUGUUGAGGUUCGGUCCUGGUUUGUCAAAGAGAUCAACACUGACAUCCCGGUUCUUCGCAUCUUAGGAGGUGCAUCCUCGGCUGAGCUGUGCACGGAGGCAGCUCAGACACAUGUCACGACGAACUUGCCGGCGCCUCCAAAUGAUCGCCUAAGUGAAAGCAACUCAUCUGCGUCUGUAGCCAGCUUCAGUCAAGAAAAUGAUCAGUCGCAAGCAAUUAGCUCUGCUACUUCCGACACCGACUCAAUCACCAAAGAUUACCCGGACAAGGAAGAGGAUCAACCGGUCAAGGAGGUCAAAGUCCAAAAGCUCAUUCCUUCUGCUUCAAAGAUCCAUCGCAUGUCUUUUGCGCAGGAGCGAUUGUGGUUCCUUCACUUGUUUUUAGAGGACCCAUCGGCCUACAAUGUCACGAUAAUGUACCGCGUCCAUGGUCCCAGCGCUAUGGCUAUGUGCAACGCAAUGAACUUCGUUCUGACUCGACAUCAAUCUUUACGCACUGCAUUCUUCUCCGACUCCCAAACUGGUCUUCCUAGUCAGUAUGUGCUUCCGAGUGCAAGCACGUCUGUGAAACAGCAAUCACUCAAGAAUGACCGCGCUGCAUACGAGGAGUUUGACCGGCUACGCCACUAUACAUACGACCUUGAUAAUGGAGAAACAGUGGCUGCCACUCUACUUUCAGAAGCAGACACUGAUCAUAUACUCAUCCUUGGUUUUCACCACAUCGUGUUCGACGGCUUCAGUGCUCAAAUCUUUGUCAAAGAUUUUGCUUCUGUCAUCGCAGGAAAACACCUACCUCCUCUGCAGCAUCAGUACAUCCAAUUCGCCGACCGACAAAGGCAACUCGUGCAAUCCACUAUGGAGGCAGAUUUGAAAUUCUGGAAAUCCCGGUUUUUGGAAUUACCAAAUUCAUUGCCAUUGUUUGAUUUCUGUUUAGUGAAGUCGCGCAAGCCCCUGACUGCUUACAACAUGCAUGGUGCCCAGCACACAAUCCCAUCAAGUACAGCUUCAGUGUUCAAGUCCAAGAUCCGGGGGCUCAACGUCACUCCUUUCUAUGGCCAUCUUGCAAUUCUUCAAAUUCUUCUCCAUCGGUUCUUGAAUGUUGAUGACAUAUGCAUUGGAAUUACUGAUGCCAACCGCACCGACACCGAAUUUCUUGACACAAUCGGCUUUUUUGUCAAUCUACUUCCGUUACGUUUCGCUCUCGAUGGCAACUUAUCCUUUGAGGAUUUACUGGGUCGGACACUCCAGGUUGCUUUCGAGGCGCUUGAACAUUCUCGUGUGCCUUUCGACGUGCUGCUUGACUCUUUGAAUCUGCCCCGAUCUACAACGCAGAGUCCAUUGUUCCAAGUUCUGUUGAACUACAAGAUGGGAUCAACAAGCAACAUCACAAUGACUGGCUUUGAAGCUCAUUUGAUGAAGUUUGAAGAUGCCAGCAAUCCAUACGAUUUGAUCUUUGAUAUCGAAGAGCAACUAGAUGGCACUACUCUAGUCGGUCUCAAGUCGCAGUCCUAUCUUUACAGUCAGCGGGACCUGAGUAUGAUUCUGGGAGCUUACAGCUGUGUACUCGAGUCUUGUAUCUCAAAGCCGGAUCUUAGUAUCAGUCAACAUGAGCUCUAUCACUUGGAAGAUGCUCUGGCGGCAGUCUCCCUUGGGAAGGGACCUCGUUUAGACUUUGACGACUCAGUGACACUUUCUUCUCGGAUUGAAGAAGUUGCGGCUCUCCAUGGCAGUGAAGUUGCUAUCAAGGACAGCGAGGGCUCCUGUAUCAGCUACGAAUCUAUGAACAGGCGAGUCUACCAUAUUGCAGCAACCCUACAGGCCGACGGCAUAGGCUCUGGGGAUCAUAUUGCUGUAUACUGCGAGCCAUCCAUCAACUCUGUCUGCUAUCUCUUAGCAAUCUGGCGACUGAAUGCUGUUUACGUUCCUCUCGACCCGCAAAAUCCAGUUGAGCGUUUGCAAACAAUUUUGGAUGAUUGCAGACCGCUUGCAAUCAUUUAUCACGAACGCACCAAGGACAACACCCAAAGGCUCAAUCUUGGAGCGAUUAAGCCGGUUAGCUUCUCGAACUUCGACUCUUUCUCUUCUGCUCCUAUCACAAGCAGAGCCCAACCAGUCUCUCCGGCCUGUGUCUUGUAUACAAGCGGUUCCACCGGAAAGCCUAAAGGCAUCGUUCUAACCCACGCGAACCUCGACAAUCAGAUCAUGGGUAUCAAGAGGACCUUUGGUCUUGGAAAAGAGACUGUUCUUCAACAGAGCUCCCUUGGUUUCGACGUCUCCAUCGAUCAGAUGAUGCAGCCUUUGACUUCCGGUGGCACGCUCAUCGUUGCAUCUCGCCAUCUUCGAGGUGAUGCAUUGGAACUCACACGCCUAAUUGUCGCUGAAAAUAUUUCGUACACCUAUGCAACACCUUCUGAGUAUGCAUCUUGGCUCCGCUAUGGAUCUCAUAAUCUCCAUGAAUUGACUUGUUGGAAGACUGCAAUUGUUGGAGGCGAAGUUCUUCCCCCUCAUUUGAUCCGCCAAUUCCAACAGCUAAGUCUACGUGGUCAACGCUUGAUCAACAGAUACGGCCCGACAGAAAUCUCUGUUUCAAGCUCUUGUGUGGCAUUCAAUACGUCAGACCCUACCAUUACCGAUUUACCGGCUAUCAGCAUCGGGACGACACUCCCGAACUACUCGACCUACAUUCUUGCUCCCGACGGAUCCCCUCUCCCUGUCGGUUUUGUGGGAGAGAUAGUUGUGGGAGGUAGUGGUGUCGCUUUGGGCUACCUUGGGCGAGAUGAGCUGACUUGCCAACGUUUUGUACCCGACCCUUUUGCCAGCAAAGAAGACAACGACCGUGGGCUUACUACCAUGUACCAUACCGGAGAUAAAGGUAGGUUGCUUUCAAAUGGUGAGAUUUUCUAUCUUGGUCGCAUGGAUGGAGACAAUCAGAUAAAAUUGCGAGGAUUUCGCGUUGAGCUGGAUGAUAUCGCCAGCAAUAUCUUGCGCCAAGCAAAUGGUCGCAUUACUGACGCUGUCGUCUCGGUCCGAGGGAAACACGAUGAGGAGGGAGACCGGCGAUACCUCGUUGCCUGGAUUAUACCCUCUCGGUUGACCUGCGACUCAGAAGAUCUUGAAGAGUUUCUUUCUGCACUUCCUUCCCGUUUGCCUCUUCCUUCUUACAUGAUACCUCGGAUCUAUGUCACUGUGGAGGACUUCCCUCGAACCCCCAACGGGAAGCUCGAUAGGCGGGUCUUGGACCAGCUAGAACUCCCCAAGGCUGAGGAUCACGGUAGUAGCCUUGACUUCUCGGUAGAAGAGCAGGUUAUGAUCGAGAUAUGGAAGACCUGUCUAGGUGAAUUUGCUCUUCUGACUACCUGGAGUCGUUCGACGGACUUCUUCCAAGUCGGUGGCAACUCACUGUUGAUGAUCCGAUUAAAAGCGCUCAUCCAUGAGAAAUUUGGAUUUGUCCUUCCUUUGACUUCACUUUUCCAAUCUUCUACUAUCGAAGGAAUGGCUGCGCAGUGCCUUUCUAAGACAUCCAAGUUGCCUAAACCGAUCAUUGACUGGGCUACCGAAACGAGGCUUGGAGAAGAAGAGCGCAGAUCAGCUUGCUCGAAAGCUUCCAAGGUGACACACAAUACAGACGGCACGAAAGAACGCCUUGAAAUACUUCUAACGGGGGCAACUGGGUUCUUGGGUUCGGCCAUCUUACAACGGUUGGAGACCAACGAUCGCAUCUCGCGUAUUCACUGUGUCGCGAUCCGGUCAUCGAAAAAUGACGCCACUCCUCGAGAUCUCGAAGUGAGGUCGGCAAAAAUUAUCCAGUAUGCAGGUGAUUUGACCUCGCCCAGGCUUGGGCUUGACCUCGAAAAUUGGGAAUUUCUUGGAAACACCGUUGAUGCGAUCAUUCACAACGGUGCCGAUGUCUCUUUCUUGAAAUCAUAUCAUUCUCUCCGAGCCGCCAACUUGCAGUCGACCCGUCAGCUGGCCUGUCUGGCACUUAAAAGAUCCAUUCCCCUUCACUUCGUCUCCACUGGCGGAGUUUCUCAGCUCGCACAAGUUGAAGCAUUGCCACCACAAUCCGUCUCCCAUUUCUCGCCACCACUCGACGGUUCCAACGGAUAUGUUGCCUCAAAAUGGGCGGCUGAGACAUACCUGGAAGCCUGCGCGUCCCAGUUUAACCUCCCAUCUACGAUUCAUCGACCAUCCAACAUCAUUGGAGAGGGUAUGCCAGCCACGGACCUCAUUCAGAGCAUUCUGAAAAUCUCAGUUGACCGCGGAGCUGUACCAACCACCGAUGGCUGGACGGGGGCUUUUGACUUUGUUCCAGUUGCAGACGUUGCUACGGGUAUCUGCAAUGCUAUACUCAAGAGGGAGGAUACCGUAUCUGAUCGAUUACACUUCUUACACCACUGUGGAGAUGAGAAAAUCCAUGUUGGGGAUCUCAAAACUUUCCUUGAACAUCGGUUUGGAGUCGAACUUCGAACAGUUGAUGUGGAUACCUGGAUGAAAGAAGCCCGUCAAACAGAUCUACCAGAGGUUCUGGAGAGUCUGAUCGGGGCAACUCUCAGGAGCGAGAACGGGCAAGUAGUGCCUUACUUGUCUCGAUCAUGA